GAGUUCUCGCCGACACCGCCGCGCGCGGGACCUGGAACACACGGCACGAGCCGCCCCCGCCCCUCCCCCCCUCACGCCCACGCGGAGCCGGCCCCGCGCGCGCGCGCGCCCCGUGCACCCCCGCGCCUGCGCGCUGCCCAGGCCCUGCCCGUGUGUGGGGCGCUACGGCCCGGGAGGGGGGGUGGGGGAAAUAGGGGGGGAAAAAAAAACAGCGCGCGGAACCCAGCCAGGGUUCCCCACCCCCGCCACAAUGGCCUCUGGGGUGGAAGUCCUGCGCUUCCAGCUGCCUGGCCACGAGGCCGCUACGCUGCGGAACAUGAACCAGCUCCGCGCAGAGGAGCGGUUCUGCGACGUGACCAUUGUGGCCGACAGCCUCAAGUUCCGCGGCCACAAGGUCAUCCUGGCUGCCUGCUCGCCUUUCCUGCGGGACCAGUUCCUGCUGAACCCCAGCUCUGAGCUGCAGGUCUCACUGAUGCACAGUGCACGUAUUGUGGCCGACCUGCUCCUCUCCUGCUAUACUGGCGCCCUGGAAUUUGCCGUCAGGGACAUAGUCAACUACCUGACGGCAGCUUCCUACCUACAGAUGGAGCACGUGGUAGAGAAAUGCCGGAAUGCUCUCAGCCAGUUCAUUGAGCCCAAAAUAAGCCUCAAAGAGGAUGGGGUCAGCGAUGCCAGCCUUGUGAGCAGUGUCAAUGCCACCAAGUCCCUCCUCCCUCCUUCCAGGACCCCAAAGCCAGCCCCCAAGCCCCCACCCCCACCCCCUCUGCCCCCUCCACUUCUGCGGCCUGUGAAGCUGGAGUUCCCUCUGGAUGAGGACCUGGAACUGAAGGCCGAGGAAGAGGAUGAGGAUGAGGAUGAGGAUGUGUCUGACAUCUGCAUCGUCAAGGUGGAGUCGGCCUUGGAGGUGGCACACCGGCUCAAACCUCCCGGAGGCCUGGGAGGAGGUCUGGGCUUAGGGGGUUCUGUGGGCAGCCACCUUGGGGAGCUGGCCCAGAGCAGUGUGCCCCCCAGCACUGUGGCCCCACCGCAGGGUGUGGUGAAAGCCUGCUACAGCCUGUCUGAGGACGCAGAAGGAGAGGGCCUACUGUUGAUCCCAGGAGGCCGGGCCAGCAUGGGGGCCACCUCGGGCCUGGUGGAGGCAGCAGCGGUGGCCAUGGCUGCCCGGGGGGCGGGGGGCAGCCUGGGGGCGGGGGGCAACCGAGGACCCCUGCCUGGGGGCUUUUCCAGCGGAAACCCCCUGAAAAACAUCAAGUGCACCAAGUGCCCGGAAGUGUUCCAGGGUGUGGAGAAGUUAGUCUUCCACAUGCGGGCACAGCACUUCAUCUUCAUGUGCCCACGCUGUGGCAAGCAGUUUAACCACAGCAGCAACCUCAAUCGUCACAUGAAUGUGCACCGCGGCGUCAAGUCGCAUUCAUGUGGCAUCUGCGGCAAGUGCUUCACGCAGAAGUCCACGCUGCACGACCACCUCAACCUGCACUCGGGAGCGAGGCCCUAUCGCUGCUCCUACUGCGACGUGCGCUUCGCCCACAAGCCUGCCAUUCGGCGGCACCUCAAGGAGCAGCACGGCAAGACCACCGCCGAGAACGUGCUGGAGGCCAGCGUGGCCGAGAUCAACGUCCUCAUCCGCUAGCAGGGCAGGCACAGAGGCCAGGAGGCAGGGAUCCCUGGGCUGGGUUGGAAUGGGGCUCCUGGCCCAGCAGAAUAGGGGGAGUGGGGGGUCGGGAACAGGCUGGUACGGUGGGCAGGCUGGAAGAGGGGGCCAAAGAUUCCUUGGAGAGAAGACUGCUUCUUCAGAAGAAAAGGAUGGAGAGGGUAAGGGUUCUUUGAGAAGGCCAAGGAAAUACUGGCUCCCUGAGAAAGAAUUUCUUCUUAGAAGUGCAUGGAUACGUGGAGGGAGGGAACGGGUCUUAUAAAAUGAGGAGGAAAAAAGACUGGAAAAUGAUUUAUUCCUGGCUAAGGCUGCCCAGGGAGAGGUUUUGACAUUUCUUGAGGUAGA